CGUGUGAGAAACAAGUUCGUUUAUCAGUAAUACUGGUAACAUCUUACAGUUUUAAGAUUUUUAUAAAAUUCAGCCACAUUCGACUAUACGGGUACAUAUACAUACGUAUUUUAAGUUAGAAGAGAGUUUCUAAGUUACCUCAUUUGCUUACAGAUUCUUCUCUGGUUCCAAUUCUGUCUGAUGCGCCUCCAGCUUCUUCUCCGUUUCCAUUUUGUCUGAUGCGCCUCCAGAUUCUUCUCCGUUUCCAUUUUGUCUGAUGCGCCUCCAGAUUCUUCUCCGGUUCCAUUUCUGUUUGAUGCCUACUUGGCUACACUAUGCAAAAAGAAGCAAUAAAGUUUAGAAUAAUAUAAUGUAAUCGUUACACAUAAAUCAACACUAAUAGUGUUUAAAUUAGUGGACUUUGAAUUUUAAUACAAUAUUCCCAGAGAGUAAUACUAGUUAACAUAGAAAAACUAGAUAACAUAAUAUUAUAAAAAAGUGUUUUGAAUAAUACAUUCAAAGGUAUUGUUUUACUGUACAUUUGUCAUCUCCACUUUUAUAAGUUUGAAUUUAUAAGUAAUGCUUACUUUGUUUACUUCAUUUCACAAAACAAUGAAGGUCAAGUAAAAAUAUUUACCUAUUUACAAAAGCAGCAUGAAAAUAUUCCCGCCCAAACAAUUGCUGAAAAGGUCAGGUGGAAUGUGCUCUUUCAACUGCCCACUUACCCCUAAUCUACCUCUAUCCAUCUACAACAGAGUAUUAUUAUUAUUUCUCAACCGCUCUCUUUUCUCAAUCCUUUGCCUCUCUGCAUCUGAAACCUCCUCCAUAGCGUUUACCCCUAACAUCUUCUUCCGUUCCUAUCGCUCAUAUUUGCCGCUGCAAUUGAAGGCCAAUGGUUCAUUGGUCGAAGCCAAUGGAUAUUUCUAUCGCCAUUCUCCUAGCGCUAACCUAACCAGAGAAUGAGAAAGAGUCGAAUUCAGAAAGUGGGUAAUAAUCUUUUGUUCUUUCUAUUUUAAUUUCUUUAUAGUUGUAAUAUGAUUCGGAGAUUUUUGGUUAGAUGUUCAUGGUUUCCAGUGACAAUUGGUGAAGCUGGCUUCUUUGGCUAACGGGAUGAUGAAGUGAUCAGAUUCAGCAUCCCCAAAGGCCUAUUUCAUAUUGCAAAUUAAAGCUGGAGAAGAAAGUUCAAGCUGAGGAAUCUUGAUUGGAGCAAAUGAAUCAUUAUAGCCAUGGAUGCAACAUUUGGGAUAGAAUACUUGAAUAAAAAAAAUCAUGCUGAACAUUGUCCAGGGACAUUUUAGAAAAUAAUCUUUUACAAAUAAU